CACUUGGCCAAUGCCCACCAUCACCAUCACUCGAUAAUACCAUCAUCCGUGAACGCCAGCUUGUCGUCGAACAACUCAAAUUCCUCCUCUGUCACUUCAGGUCUAGCAAAUUCAGCUGCUGCCACCCCUCAACAGUAUCGCACACAUGCGGCUGAUUCCCUACAAGCAUUUUUCAAUUCAGGUCUUCCCUAUAAGCUCUAUCAAAAUCAAACAUCACUGAUCUCGGCUGGAGCCGACGCAAUGCGUCCCAGUGCUGCUGCUGCAGCCAGUUUGAUGGCCGGUAUUCCGGGCCCUUCCCUCGUUGGUUUGUGCUUUCAUCUGAUCCCUCCUCUUAGAUCCAUCAUUUCCCAUCUACCGUACCCCAUCUACGGUAACUAUUCACUUGAAGGAGCGAUAUGUGGAAGUGGCACUGCAACCGUCGGUUGCAGCAAUCCGUCGGAGAGACGGAAACAGCGUCGUAUCAGGACGACGUUCACUUCGGGACAGUUAAAGGAGCUGGAGCGGGCCUUCAUGGAGACACAUUAUCCGGAUAUAUACACACGUGAGGAUAUCGCGAUGCGCAUUGAUCUCACCGAGGCGCGUGUUCAGGUUUGGUUCCAGAAUCGUCGUGCAAAAUUUCGUAAGCAUGAGAAGCUGAGAAAACUGAAAGAAGAUGGAAAUAUGGAGUGUGUUGGUGAUGCUAAUCAAGGCGGCAGUGAUGCAGACAACAUCGGCAGAAUACAAAAACGAGAGAGUGAUGAUAGCGAAAGUAAUGCUGAAUUAGCACGCAAUGACGGCACUUCUUCGUCUGCUUCUAUCAGUCUCAAUAGUAUUCUAUCGUAA